UGUAAAGGCUCCGCCCAAAGCUUGUUGGAUAUGGCUCCGCCCCCUUUCUUCAGAGCAGAAGUAUAUAAAGGUCGUCUUUGACGUGUGAUGCUACCACUGGUCUUCCGGUCUCUCUCGAGUAGACAAUAUGAAGCUUAUCGUUCUUGCCUGCCUUGCCGCCGUGGCUGUUGCCACUCCUCAGUUCGAGGAUCGAGUGGUCGCCCUCCUUCGCGAUGACCGCGUAGCCAACGAAGACGGCACCUUCUCGUACGCCGUGGAAGCCGACAACGGCAUCAACACAGCCGUUGAAGGAGUCGUUGGAUCAGCUGGUCAGAUCAACCAGGCGGGAUCUUACACCGUGUAUGAGCUGUUGGAAAUCGCCGAGCGUCAGCGUGCCGCGGGCAUCGUGUUCAACUAAGAGAAUGGGAAAAAUAAAUGAAAUGUACGGGUGGGAAAUGAAAGCCGAUGUAAUAAAGUUUACGAUAAAUCUUA